GCAAUGCUUAUUUAUAUUUACAUAAUAGAACUGAAUGUGCCAUGUCAAAUAUAACAUUAAAACGAAUGUUUGGUCUCCAUACGUUACCAAGAAUUUAAGUAUAAAAGUAUAGUAACCUUCUUUAUCAACGAGAGCCAGUAAGCGUCUUUAUAUAUCGCAUACCGAAAUAUUGUAUAUUUUCGUUUUUCCUGUUUAUCAUAAAAAUCAAAUUAAAUGGAGAAUGAAAUAAAAAUUACUGUAAAAUGGAGUGGUGAAGAAUAUUCUAUUACUGAUAUAGAGGAAAACGAUACAGUUUUAUCAUUAAAAGAAAAAAUUCAAAAAAUGACAGGUGUUAGACCCGAGAGACAAAAACUACUCAAUCUUAAAUUUAAAGGAAAGCCAGCACAAGAUAGUGAUAUUAUAAGUAAAUUAGAUCUGAAACAGGGUUUUAAACUUAUGAUGAUGGGCUCUCGUGAGGAAGAUAUUGCUGAAGUCAGUCAAGCACCUGAAAACAUGCCUGAUGUAAUAAAUGAUUUAGAUAUUGAAGAAGAAGAAGUAGAAAUUGAAAAGGCUGAAAUUUAUCUUGCUAAAAUUCAAAAACGAAUUGAGACAUAUAAAAUUCAAGAAUUAAAUCCAUUGAGAGAAGGAAAGAAAUUACUUGUUUUAGACAUUGAUUAUACUCUUUUUGAUCAUAGAUCUGUGGCUGGAACUGGAAUUGAACUUAUGCGACCGUAUUUACAUGAAUUUUUAACAAGUGCUUAUAAAAAUUAUGACAUAGUUAUAUGGUCUGCAACAAAUAUGAAGUGGAUUAAUGAAAAAAUGAAACUUUUAGGAGUUUCAAAUCAUCCUGAUUAUAAAAUAUCUUUUUAUUUAGAUUCUCUUGCUAUGAUUUCUGUAUAUACACCAAAGUAUGGUGUUGUAGAUGUUAAACCUCUGGGGAUUAUUUGGGGAAAAUAUAAACAGUUUUCUGCUAAAAACACUAUUAUGUUUGAUGAUAUUAGAAGAAAUUUUAUUAUGAAUCCACAGUCAGGACUUCGAAUAAGAGCUUUUAAACAAGCACAUUUAAAUCGACACAAAGAUCGUGAACUACUUAAAUUAUCAAAAUAUUUAGAGUCGAUAGCUUCUUUAGAAGAUUUUCAAAUUCUUAACCAUAGAAAAUGGGAAGAGUACCGAUCUAAAAAAAGCAAAAGUAGUAAACGAACUGAAAGUGAUGAGACACGUACUCAUAAUGCAUAAAUUUAAUAGUGAAGUAACUUAUGAAAAUAAAAUUAUUCUUUUAAU